GCCACACAAGCCUGUAUUUCACAUGGGGCAAGCGGGAGUUAUCAUCCACUUGCGUAAAUGCUGCUGCUGAGUGCUGGUUGACAGUCUCAGGCGACAAGAGGGAAACAAGGCAGAGUUUCUUUUCUUCCCCCGUCCUCUUUACUGAAGGCUAUCAUUGAUGGAUGCCACCAUGGAGCAGAACGCGUUUGAGCGCUCGUAAGGACGCUGCUACUGGUACUUUUCAGAAGAAAGCCUCAACAGCGGGGGGAUGAAGAAUUGAAGUCUUAAAGAGCUUGUGCCAAUAUGUCUAAGCCAAUGGAUCACGUUAAACGUCCGAUGAAUGCUUUCAUGGUCUGGUCCAGAGCCCAGCGCAGAAAAAUGGCUCAGGAGAAUCCGAAAAUGCACAACUCCGAGAUCAGCAAGAGGCUGGGAGCGGAAUGGAAACUUCUCACAGAGUCUGAGAAAAGGCCAUUCAUCGACGAAGCCAAACGACUCCGAGCGAUGCACAUGAAGGAACACCCAGACUAUAAAUACAGACCGAGGCGGAAGCCCAAGACUCUGAUGAAGAAAGAUAAGUUUUCUUUCCCGGUGCCCUACAAUCUCGGGGAGCACGACGCACUCAAAGUUAACGGGCUUUCCGCUGGAGCACUUUCCGAGUCUGUCAUUGGGAACCCUGAUAAGGCGGCGGCGGCUGCAGCUGCCGCGGCGGCGAGGGUUUUCUUCAACCCGUCCAUGUCCACGAACCCCUAUUCAUUUUUCGACCUGGGAUCCAAGAUGACUGAGCUUUCUCCGCCUUCGUUUCCGUACGCGUCUCCUUUGGGCUACCCGCCGGGAGGCGCUGCGGCUUUCACCGGGACUGGCAGUGUAGGUGGCGGGACGCACACCCACACUCACUCUCAUCCGUCCCCGGGAAACCCAGGCUACAUGAUCCCGUGUAACUGUACGGCCUGGCCCUCAGCAGGACUCCAGCCGCCCUUAGCAUACAUCCUGCUCCCUGGGAUGGGAAAACCUCAACUUGAACCGUACCCUGCAUAUGCUGCGGCGUUAUGAUAGGCCCACUUUGGACUCCUAAGAAAAUGAAAUGUGAAAUCAAAACACAACAAGACAGAAAAAAGAAGAAAAAAAGCUAUCCAUGCAAGAGUUUUAUUAUGCAUGCACAAACUUGUACAUGUGAUGAAGUGCUCGUCGUCUCAGAUAUCACAUGUGUAUGUAUAUUGAUUAAUGCCUUUAUCUAAGGUAAUGCUUAUUUAGAGAACUCUCUAAUCUAUUAGCCAUCACCUCACGCAGCGCAGAGGAGGAAGGACUGAAAGGAUGGCACACAUGCACAAGAAUGGGCAUCAGUGCAGUUUGCCCUUUGUGAAAACUCAUUUUGAAAAGGUACCCUGGUCGAUUUCUAUCUUUUGCACCUGCUUGACUUAAACCUGUUGGAAUCAAAGGGCAGCAGUGACCAUGCUAAUCAGGAUCACAGCAUUUUCUCCCAGAGAAGGUGUUGCACGGGUCAUAAUACACGGAUCAAGGAGGAUUGUCACAACACUGUAAAUGUGUACAGAUAAAAUGACUUUAGUUAAUUUGCCGUCAUAGGCUUAGUGUUUGAGAUAGGGCCAGGAACCUACGUAUUUCACUAGAAACCCCUGCUGUAUAUUUUGAGUUUUUAAACCGUUUUAUAGAUGUCUGUAAUAUUUAUUGUUUAGUGGAAUCUAUGAUGACCCAGACAAUUUUAAAAAGGACAAGACUAGUUCUGUGAUAUUUGCACAUGAAACGUAGAGGAUGUAAUUUAUUUUCAAGGUGACACUCAAUUUCAAUGCAUUGCAUUUCUCGGGUUGGAUUCACCAAACCGUUUUUCCCCCUUACUUCAGUAAAAAAAAAAAAAAAAGAAAAGAAAAAAAGUUCAAAUUUAAAUGCAGAUGAAAGUUUAUUCGGUGGGUUUCUGAUUUUCUUGAUCCCUACCACUCCUCGUAUCAUGUGCAGCAGAAAAAAAGACGUUUUUAACUAACUCUUAUGGAAUUUGUAUGUUUUGUGUUUUCUUUAACCUCCGUUAUGUACUUCAAACUAUUGCUACUGUUCACUUGUUGAGCAAAGGACUACAAUAAAAGCGUAUUCGGAUUAAACGGAA